AUGUCCACUGAUUUAACAAUCAGACAAGCACGGUUGGAAGAUCGAGAGAGCGUUUUAGAUAUAAAUGAUAAUAUUUACAAUGGCAGAGACUUUUUACCACAUUUCUAUAAUGACCUUGUCAACAACCAUCAAGCGUUUUUAUGCCAACAACAUGAUGGUCUAGUAGUGGCUUUUGUGUUCUUGGUGGCGGUAGAUGGAGGAGAAACGGUUGUAGGUCGUGGAGGUAGAGUUCGGUCCUCACACACCGGUAAACGGAUUUUGGACAAAAUGUUCAAAACAGUACUCCCCAAUGUAUAUUUACCAAAGCUUAAACGAAUUGCAUUUUGUAUGAAUGCGGAUGGUGAAUAUUAUAUUAACAGAGUAAAGAAAUUGGAGAUGCUACCAGGAGUAAAACCAGCUUUUUCCUAUGUAAAUUCUUCCUAUACAGGUACUUUAUCAAGGUUAGUGAAACGGCACACUUCAGAAGUGAAAUCUAACGGAGUACGACAUGUUGAUAAAUCAAUGUUGAUGAGAUUAUUCAAAUCUAAGUCAAUAUGUGAGAACCUGUUUCCAGAUGAUAUAAUGGGCAUUCACAUGGUACCUUAUAAACCAAUAGAUUCUAAUGUUGAGCAAAUUGUCUCUGGAUCAACUUUAAUCGUUUACUCUGGUGAUCUGGAAAAUACGCGGGAAAAUUCUAAUAUUGUUAGAGGAUUGUUAACAGUUGGAACUUAUUACUAUUGUAAGACAGGGUUAGUCUGUUAUAUUGAUGUGUUUGGAAAUGAAGUGAACGACUUUUCAUUGCACCUUUCAGAGCACUUAGAUAAGAUUCAGAGCCUCCCUAAGAAUAAUAUAAUAUUAUAUGACGUAGUUACUCCUGUAGAUAUGGAUUUGGUCAUUAUAGACCAAGAAAUGCGACAAGUAGCAAAUUUUCAGAAGAAAUUCAAUCGAUAUUUUUAUUACUCAAAGUUUAUAAAAUCAAAUCUUUGA